AUGUCGUCCAAAUCACCAGAGUCACCGGGGUCACCGGGGGUACCAGCAAGAAUGGUGCAUCCUGAUAGCAAGGUUAUCUUCACCCAGGGAACCUGGCUCCCAGAAGAGGUUGUAGCGAGUAUCCUUCCCGAGAUCCCAAAGCUCACCAUGGCCAUGAACCCUAUCGAGUGGUGGAAUACUACACGCCGUGCUCUACACCAGGUAGGAUUACUUUGUUUUCUGCUCGACAUCAAAGUCAUCCACCCAAAACCAGAAGACCCAGAUUACAAGAACUGGUACGAGUGGUCGACUACUGCUUAUCGGUGGAUGUAUUCGAACAAGGAGAAGGAUGUUCAGAAUAUCAUCGACAAUAUGUCUGACUGA